AUGGUUCGUACUAUCAGGCGCAGACUGGCAGAGGCUCAGGAUCGGCAGAAGAGUUAUGCGGAUCGUAGACGGAGACCGUUAGAGUUUGCUGUUGGUGAUCAUGUAUUCUUACGGGUAUCCCCUACGAAAGGAGUAAAAAGGUUUGGAUUGAAGGGAAAAUUAGCACCUCGCUAUAUUGGACCCUUCCAAAUUCUCGAGAGGAUAGGUGCGGUAGCGUAUCGACUGGCGCUACCACCUUCACUUUCCGGGGUGCAUGAUGUUUUCCAUGUAUCUAUGUUGAGGAGAUAUGUACCGCACCCUUCGCAUGUUCUCACCGGUGUAUCAGUUGUACUUCAGCCGGAUAUUUCUUAUGAGGAGAUUCCAGUUCGGAUUUUGGACCGCAAAGAGCGCCGGUUGCGGAACAAGACGAUUCGGCUGGUCAAGGUCGGAUGGCGGCAUCACUCAGAGGAAGAAGCCACCUGGGAGUUGGAAGAUAAGAUGCGGACCAGUUACCCCCACCUGUUUACUGGAGGGAUGAAGCGCGGAGAUACGACCCCUCGUCCGCGUCGUGGUCCGGGUCGACCCCGGAAACCACAUAUUGAGUCGGUAGAGGCUGAGCCAGUGGAGUACGAGGAGGAUUCUGUUAGGGAUCCUACAGAGCCUCAGGCGGUUCCUCCCACCUUACCACCGGUAGCCCCUAUUCCUACUUCUACUUCUUGGGCGAAGGACAGGGCUCGGAUUCCGUUACUGGCCCGAUCGGUGAAAGAUCGUUUUACCCUAUUCUAUGGUGUUCCCGACCCCAGUGUCGCUCGUUCCUGGUUGGGAAAUGUGGAGGAUACCUUCGGAUACUUAUCAUGUACAGAGGAAGAAAAAGCUGAACUAGCUGCAUAUCACCUCCGAGAUCAGGCUGUUACUUGGUGGAAGAUGCAGAAGUCACUCUUCGGGGAUCAGAGUAUUACCUGGGCUUUAUUCAGAGAUGCCUUCGAGAGACAGUAUUUUCCUGCUCCGUACCGUAUAGCCCGCCGACAGGAAUUCUUAAGUCUUAAGCAAGGGGAUAGAUCGGUGAUGGAGUAUGAGGCAGAGUUUAACCGAUUAGCUGAGUACUGCCCGCAGCUUGUCGCUCAGGACAGCGAUCGGUUAGACCAGUUUACCCAGGGCCUUGCGGCGUAUAUUCGUAUCAGGAUGUCGGGUUUUACUCCCAGCACUUACCGAGAGGCAUUGGACAGAGCAUUGAUGAUCGAGAUGACACAGCAGCAAGUUUCUCAGGAGCGGGGAAAGGAUAAACAGAAGGCUCAGGAUACAACUCCAAAUCAAAGGCAACAGAAUAAGGGUCAGAAAAAGCGGAAGAAAUGGCAGGGAUCCCAGACUGCUCCGGGGGAGUCUUAUCGAUCAGCGAAGACAGGACGGUCAUCAGCUGGUUCAUCUAAAUCCUCUCAGAAGGAUUCUUCCAGGGAGUAUAGAUGUUACAGGUGUGGCACUGAGGGGCAUAUUAAACCUAAUUGUCCAAUGGGUCAGGACGUAUGCUACUAUUGUAAACUUCCGGGUCAUGUGAGUCGAGACUGCACACUGAAGGCACAGAUGGAGGCAGCUAAGAGUACUCCACAGGGGAGCAGUACUACUCAGACGCGACGGUCGAAGAGCGCACAGAGGACACAGAGUGCUCCGUACCAGCAGCGUGUGCCACCUCCUCAGGCACAGGUAUAUCACAUCCAGGGCCACGAGCACUCAGCGGUACCAGUUGCUAUACAUUAUGCCUCUACGGGUUCUUCACAUCAGACAUAUCCGGCACCGCAGACUCUUAUGACGCCGCCUAGCUCUUUUCCAGUGGUACAGCCUCAGCAGUAUGCUCCUACUCAUCAGCCCCAGCAGUAUACUACCACUCAUCAGCCUCAGCAGUAUACUACCACUCAUCAGCCUCAGCAGUUCACCACUACUCCACCGGCACCGUUUCAGACUGCUACUGGAGUAUCGCCGUCAUGCCCUGAUGUGGGACGAGUGUAUGCUAUUACUCGCGAGGAGGCACAGCGGGCCGAGGGAUCGGUCUUUCGGGGUAUGAUUACUGUUUAUUCAUUUCCUGCUGAAUUGUUGAUUGAUACUGGUAGUUCCCACUCUUUUUUUUCCCGGGCAUUUCUGAGUAAGAUUUGUAGACUACCUGUUCGUCGGACUCACUCAUUGGCGGUAUCCUUACCCUCGGGAGAGAUACUGGAUAUCAGUCAAGAGAUUAAAGAAUGUCCGUUGGAUUUCGAGAGUCAGACCCUUACGGUGGACUUGCAGGUUCUGGAUAUGCUAGAAUUUGACAUCAUUUUGGGUAUGGACUGGUUGGCCAGACAUUAUGCUACCGUUGACUGCAGCGCUAGAAUGGUUACAUUUAGACCUCCGGGUCUACCAUCCUGGGUAUUCAUGGGUACCAAGGAUGAGGGGAUUUCUAUCAUCUCGGCGAUGCAAGCUCAGCGAUUAUUGUCUCAAGGAUGUCGGGGGUAUUUGUUAUCUAUGAUUAAGAUUGAUCAGUAUACUACCACACAGUUAUCUGACAUUCCUAUAGUACAGGAGUACCCUGAGGUAUUUCCAGAAGAAUUACCCGGCUUGCCCCCGAAAAGGCAGGUGGAGUUCACGAUUGAGUUGAUUCCGGGGACAGCACCGGUGUCCAAGGCCCCAUAUCGCAUGGCGCCUAAGGAGUUGGAGGAGCUAAAGGUACAGCUACAGGAGCUGCUGGAUAGAGGAUUAUGCAUCGACUAUCGACAGCUGAACGCAGUGACUGUUAAGAAUAAAUAUCCACUGCCGCGUAUAGAGGAUCUAUUCGAUCAGCUCAAGAAUACCUGUGUGUAUUCAAAGAUUGAUCUGCGCUCUGGCUAUCAUCAGCUCAGUGUGAGAGAUUCAGAUAUACAGAAGACAGCCUUCCGUACUCGAUAUGGACACUAUGAGUUCUUGGUAAUGCCAUUUGGGCUUACCAAUGCUCCGGCAGUUUUCAUGGACCUGAUGAAUAGGGUAUUUCUGGAGUUCCUGGAUCAGUUUGUGAUUGUGUUCAUCGAUGAUAUUUUGAUAUAUUCUCGAUCCGAGGAAGAGCAUGGGCGACAUCUUCGUAUAGUAUUGGAGACGCUUCGGCGAGAGCGUCUUUAUGCAAAAUUCAGCAAAUGUGCAUUCUGGUUAUCUUCUGUGGGUUUUCUGGGACAUAUUGUUUCUAGCAGUGGUAUUUCAGUGGACCCACAAAAGAUAGAGGCGGUUACCAGUUGGGAGCAGCCAAAGUCUGUACAGGAGAUUCGUAGCUUUCUUGGUCUGGCAGGGUAUUACCGCAGAUUUGUAGAGGGCUUCUCUAGCAUAGCUCUGCCGUUGACUCAGUUGACCAGGAAAGGGGUGAAGUUUUGCUGGACAAAGUCUUGCGAGACGAGUUUCCAGGAACUUAAGCGAAGACUCAUUUCUGCACCGAUACUGGUGCUUCCGUCCGGAGAUGAUGGUUUCGUGCUUUAUACGGAUGCAUCAUUGCAGGGGUUAGGCGCAGUACUUAUGCAGCAUGGACGGGUAGUUUCUUAUGCCUCACGUCAGUUGAAAGAGCAUGAGAAGAACUAUCCGGUGCAUGACCUGGAGUUAGCAGCUAUUAUAUAUGCGUUGAAAAUAUGGAGACAUCAUCUAUAUGGGAUCACCUUCGAGAUAUUCACAGACCAUAAGAGUCUUAAGUAUCUUGCUACUCAGAAAGAAUUGAAUUUAAGACACAGUAGAUGGAUGGAAUUCUUGAAGGACUAUGACUGUACGAUCAACUACCACCCAGGGAAAGCCAACGUGGUAGCUGAUGCGUUGAGUAGAAAAUCCCGAGGAGUUCUAGCUUGUCACCGUGUGCUGGUUACUGAACUGGUUCAGAAAUUUUCUGAGUUGGGAUUGGUAGAGCAGGGUCAGACUGAGCGGGGUAUCCUGUUAUCUAUGGUUGCCCAGUCACCCAUGGUAGAGAGGAUUAAAGAAGCCCAGGCUACAGAUCAGCAUCUACAGUUGUUGUGUAGCAAAAUCACCCCAGGACAGCAGACGGGGUUCUCUUGCGAUGACAGUGGGAUUCUAUACUUCCAGGGGAGGUUGUGUGUUCCUGAAGCACCUCCUGUGAAAGAAGACCUACUUCAGGAGGCACAUCGGUCCAGAUUUGCGAUUCAUCCUGGUGGUACCCGCAUGUACAGGGAUCUGAGGCGUUCUUAUUGGUGGACUGGCAUGAAGAAGGACAUUGCAGAUUUCGUGGCUCGAUGCCUUGUAUGUCAGCAGGUGAAGGCUGAACAUCAGAGACCCGCUGGUUUGCUACAGAAGAUUCAGCUACCUGAAUGGAAAUGGGAACACAUCACGAUGGAUUUCGUCGUGGGACUGCCCAGAACCCGACGAGCACAUGACACGAUUUGGGUAAUCGUUGAUCGGUUAACCAAAUCCGCUCAUUUCCUUCCGAUCCGUAGGACGGAGUCAUUGGAUCGAUUAGCGGGGUUGUAUUGUAGAGAGAUUAUCCGGCUCCAUGGUGUACCUCUCAGUAUUAUUUCAGAUAGAGAUCCGCGAUUUACUUCGCGAUUCUGGCAGAGUUUACUGCAGGCUAUGGGUACAGAGUUACGAUUCAGUACUGCUUUCCACCCCCAGACAGACGGUCAGUCAGAGCGUACUAUACAGACAUUAGAGGAUUUAUUGCGAUCAUGCGUCAUAGACUUCGGAGGUAGUUGGGAGGAUCAUUUACAUUUAGCGGAAUUCGCCUACAACAACAGUUAUCAUUCAGCGAUACAGAUGGCACCUUAUGAGGCGUUGUAUGGCAGAGCCUGUAGAUCCCCCACCCUAUGGGUGGAAGUUGGGGAAUCCCAGAUUUUGGGACCACAGAGCCUUCAGCGUGAUGCAGAGAUGGUUCGUACUAUCAGGCGCAGACUGUCAGAGGCUCAGGAUCGGCAGAAGAGUUAUGCGGAUCGUAGACGGAGACCGUUAGAGUUUGCUGUUGGUGAUCAUGUAUUCUUACGGGUAUCCCCUACGAAAGGAGUAAAAAGGUUUGGAUUGAAGGGAAAAUUAGCACCUCGCUAUAUUGGACCCUUCCAAAUUCUCGAGAGGAUAGGUGCGGUAGCGUAUCGACUGGCGCUACCACCUUCACUUUCCGGGGAGAUUCCAGUUCGGAUUUUGGACCGCAAAGAGCGCCGGUUGCGGAACAAGACGAUUCGGCUGGUCAAGGUCGGAUGGCGGCAUCACUCAGAGGAAGAAGCCACCUGGGAGUUGGAAGAUAAGAUGCGGACCAGUUACCCCCACCUGUUUACUGGAGGUGAGUAA